CACCCCUCGACAACCUGCAAGGGCAGUGAAUCACCUCCCCCGAAGCCUGGACUUUGACCCAUCAUGAUAAUCCCCUCCAACAUCAUUUGGUUCGAUGACGAUGAUUGGCUGGGCUUAGAACUUUCUUUCCCGGGGGGUACCCGUAGGAAAAUCACGACGAAAAUUAGGGAGUGCGAAGACCUCUAUUCACAACAAGACCAUGAAGAGGGUGGGAUUGUUUCCGAGGAUCGUGCGGUUUUUGUUGCGUCAAAAGUUGCCGGGCAAGCUCCGCCAACCGCAGUACUUAAGAUCCAUAUGCAGGUACCAUGGUGGGGAAGUGCCACUAAGAAGCCGUCUAUCCGUGCCCAACAGGCAGUUUCGGAGCCCUCAACAAGGGGCGAAAACGAAGUUGAAGCGCUACGUCUCCUAACAAAAGCAGGAUGCUCCAGCACCCCAGCUCUAAUUGAUUGGAUGAAUCGCGAACAGACUCAAGAUCAAUGGAUCCCUGGUGGUUACAUACAUUUUAUUGUCAUGGAGAUGGUACCGGGUGUCGAUGUAUGCUCUGUUAUUGAUGAUAUGGAUAGAGGUGAGCGGGAUGAGCUGAGGGCAGCCUUCAAGAAAUCAUGGUUGUGGGGAAUGCAAUUCUCAUGGAAUAACAAAUCUCGACCGUGGAGCAAAGAACCUUCGGUGGGAUGCGGCAAGGAAAAAGUGGUAUGGUACCCGGCACUUCGGGACAAUACUGACUUCGCGGAUAUCUCAGUUAUAUAA